AUGGUCAACCUCCGGUCUCAAAAGCGCCUUGCCGCAUCCGUAUCGGGCGUCGGCAAGAGAAAAAUCUGGCUCGACCCCAAUGAGCAGGCUGAGAUCGGAAACGCCAACUCGCGCACCCACGUCAAGAAGCUCAUCAAGGACGGCCGUAUCAUCAUCAAGCCCACCACCGUCCACUCGCGUGCGCGCACUCGGGACCUCCUCGCUGCGAAGCGCAAGGGUCGCCACACUGGCCCCGGUAAGAGGAAGGGUACCGCCGAUGCCCGUAUGCCCACGAAGGUCCAGUGGAUGAGGAGACAGCGGGUUCUGCGUCGGUUGUUGAGGAAGUACCGGGAGGCGGGCAAGAUCGACAAGCACCUCUACCACUCGCUCUACCAGAAGUCCAAGGGUAACGUCUUCAAGAACAAGCGUGUCCUCAUGGAGUACAUCCACAAGGCGAAGGCUGAGAAGUCCCGCACCAAGGUCCUCACUGACCAGAUGGAGGCCCGCCGUGUCAAGAACAAGGCUGCCCGCGAGCGUCGCGCUACCCGUGUGGCGGAGAAGAGGCAGGCGAUCCUCGCCGUCGAGCACGAUGCCCCCGUCCUCCAGUAA